AUGUAUGUUUUACAAGUUCAAGCAACAAUAAAUGGUCCAAAACUAGAAUAUGAUUUUAUUAUUGUUGGAGCUGGAAGUGCUGGAUGUGCUUUGGCGCACCGUUUAAGUGAAGAAAGACAAUGGCAAAUAUUGUUAAUUGAGGCAGGUGGACCAGAAACACCAAUAACGGAUAUACCUGGAGCAGUGGCUGAAGUUAUUUCACCUUAUAAUUCACCAUUUUUAUGGCACGAUAUGUCAGAACCAUUACGAAAUGCUGGUUCAGCUUUAAAUGGAAGAUCAAUUCGCUGUAUGCAUGGUAAAGUAAUGGGUGGUACCAGCGUGGUAAAUUGGAUGAUGUACACUCGUGGAAAUAUUGCAGAUUAUAAUCGAUGGGGUAGAAUAACCGGUGAUUUAAAUUGGUCAUGGAAAAAUAUUCAUCCGUAUUACAAACGAUUAGAAAACUACACAAUACCAUAUCCUGAUCCAAAUUAUUUUGGAGUAGGUGGACCCGUUCAUAUUGAAACACCUCCAUAUUAUAGUGAACUUUCCAGACUGGCAUUGUUGGCAGCUCAACAAGAUGGUAAACCUAUUCAUAAUGUUAACGGCCCCGAGCAGUAUGGAAUAUCACCGGUUCAAGCUACGAUUCAAAAUGGAAUGCGCGUUAGUGCAAAUAAAGCUUAUAUUACUCCAAUCAUUGAAACACGUCGAAAUUUACAUAUUAAAAUGAAGUCAACAGUAACGAAAAUUCUUAUUAAUGUGGGAGCAAGACCUUUACCGAAAGCUUUUGGUGUUAGAUAUAUGCAUAAAAAUGUAAUGCGUACUGCCUACGCGAGAAAAGAAGUUAUCUUGUGCGCUGGGCCAAUAAAUUCUCCAAAAUUAUUAAUGUUGUCUGGAAUUGGACCUCGAGAAGAGCUAUUAAUGCAUCGUAUUCCAGUCAUAAAAAGUUUACCAGUUGGAAAUAAUUUAUUUGACCAUGUUGGAACUGGAAGUAUACAAUUCCUUACAAACAAGCCCGCUUAUCCUCCGCAGGAUAUUUUGUUAUAUCCUAAAAAGAAAUCAGGACCAUUAUCUACAGCAUCUUUUGUAGAAGCUUGGGGAUACUCACAUCCAUUAAAUGACACAAUAUCAAUUGAACAAAUAUUUUUCUUAUCUCCGAUGAACGAGAUGAAUUAUAAAAUAUUCAAUCUGAAAAAAUCAGUUUUUGAAAUGGUCUUUAAACCUCAUCAAUUUUUGCCAGGUUUUCAGGUUUAUCCCAUAUUGGAACAACCCAAAAGUCGUGGUACAGUUCGACUCCGGGAUGCAAAUCCAUUAUCGAAACCGAGAAUAAAUCUUAAUUAUUUCUCUGAUCCAGAAGAUCUUGAACGGCUAUUAAGUGGUGUAAGAGAAGCUAUCAGAAUAGUUGAAAAACCUGCUUUAAAAUCGUAUGCUCCAAAACUUUUAAGAACAAAAAUUCCUCAAUGUGCAAUGCAUAUAUUUGAUACUGAUGAGUAUUGGAGAUGUGCCAUUCGAGCAAUUCCCUUGUCUUUAUGGCAUUUUAGCGGGACCUGUAAAAUGGGUAGAAGAGAAGACUUAUCAACUGUGCUGAAUACAAGACUACAAGUGCAUGGUAUCGAAGGUUUACGUGUAGUUGAUGGUAGUGCUUUUCCAUCUCCUGUAGCAGCCCAUUUCAAUGCUUUAUCAAUGAUGGUUGGAGAAAAGGGAGCGGAUAUAAUUAAGCAAGAUUUAACGAGAAGAUCGAUUUAA